AUGUACCGACUUCCUCUCCAGGUUUACUAUCUCUCUUUCUCUCUCUCUCUCUCUCUCUCUCUCUCUCACUCUCUCUUUAUAUGGAAAACGGUUUCCAGCAAUCCUUUAUUCAUUCAUCUAUCUAUCUAUCUAUCUAUCUAUCUAUCUAUCUAUCUAUCUAUCUAUCUAUCUAAUUCUGUUCACGUCUAUUGCAUUCUGAAUGUGUGCGGGCACGCUCAUAUCGGUUUCCGGUGUGAUAUCUAUUUCUCCCCGAGUAAUUCUUUUAUUCUUUCACUCAUUUUCUCUCUUCUCGCUCACUCCUCUCUUUUUAUUAAUCUCUCUCUCUCUCUCUCUCUCUCCUCUCUUUCUACUCUUCUCUCUUCUCCCUCCCAUUCUCUUCCUUUUCUUUCUUUACCAUUUCCUAUUACAUUUUCCUAUUACUUCCCUCUCCGGCACUUCUGUUACUUCCCCCCCUCUCUCUCUCUCUUUUACCUAUCCCUCCUUUACUAUUCCCUCUUAGUCUACUCUUUUCCCGCUUUUCUUUCUCGCUAUAUCUUCCGUAACUCUCUGCUCUUUUAUUUCUCUCUCUCACUCUCUCUCUCUCUCUAUCUCUCUCUAACUCCCCUCUCUUGCUCUUCUGUUUUUCUCUAUCUCUCAAUAGUUCUUUUCUCCCUCUCUCUACAUGCCUCUUCUCUCUCUACCAUUUUCUCACUUCAUCCUCUCUUUCUCUCGUCAUUUCCAAGCACAUUAGCGCGUGAGUGUUCUUUCUUUCUUUCUUUCUUUCUUUCUUUCUUUCUUUCUUUCUUUCUUUCUUUCUUUCUUUCUUUCUUUCCGUUCUCUCUCCCUCUCAUUCUCACUAUCUAA